CUUGGGUGUGGUUACUCCGCCCACGACAUCACAGCUCAUAAAAUGCAAGGCCCAAGGAAGUAACCUCAGUCAUUCCCGUCCAUAUCUCUCCAAAUCAAAACAAUAUUUGCAGCAAAGGAUUUAGCAAAGCUCCCUCUACGCCAUGUCUCUCAAAGAAAUGAUAGAGUUUUGGAAGAAGGGGGUUGACGAGGCUCAGCAGGGCCGACAUUCAGAGGCGAUAAAAUCCUUCCUAGACAUGCCAGAGCCGGGGGCUAGGAUCUACUUUAACAUUGCAAACAUGUACGUGUGUCUGGGGAACAUUGAAGAAGCAGAAAAGAGUUUAAAUGUUUGUGUCAAGAAAGACCCCAAUCUUGCUAUUGGUUAUUUCCAAAGAGGAUGUCUUCACAUUGUGAACAAAAAGUAUAGAGAGGCCAUUUGUGAUUUUGAUUUAGCAAUAAAGAACUUAAGAGGAAACCUACUGAUAGACUACAAGCAGCUGGGACUCAUUUAUAAACUAUACACUGCAGAAGUGUUGUAUAACAAAGCUUACUGUCUGUGGCAGAUCAAUGAGAGGUCAGAGUCUAAGCGUCUCUUGAAUGAAGCACUCGCAAGUGCAGCUGAAUGUUCUGAGUCUCGCCACAGAGUCGUAUCAACUGCUUUGGAUCAGAUCAAAAGAGGUGAAGAUUUCUUGCCUUAUCGCCUUCCAAAGACGGCCCAGGUAUUUGUGCCUCCGAGAUCAAAGACAGACGUUGUGAAUAAUAUUGACUUCCUUGGAAAGGCAAAGGUUGUGUCAUCAGUUGUUGAUCAAGAUGACUUCACUGGUUUCGUAGGAGCACAGAAGAACAAGGAGUCAAGAUCCCCUAGCCCAGCCGUCAGAAAAGACCUUCCUCCUCAUUCUUCAAUCACGAGGAGCAAAUCCAGUGAGCCACCACCAAAACCAAACCCACCAACCACAAGGAAAUACAGCCCGCCUUCUGCUAAAGAUGCAAAGAUGCGGCCACCUAAGCCCAGUAUGGCCCCGCCCUCUUUCCGACACCCAAGUCGUUCUCCAAAUCUUUCUCCAAGUUCCGAACACUCACCAACCAAUUCUCGUUCCCCCUCCCCCUAUGGUGCUAGUGCCAUGACUAUUAAAGUCCAUUACACGACUACUAGAGCUAUUCGUGUGGCUAGUAGCAUUAGUUAUCAGAAACUGGUUCAUCUUAUAUGCAGGAAGUUCGAUAAAUCUGAUAACAGUAUCACGUUAUGGUAUAAAUGCAGUGAUACAGGUGAUCGUAUACAGCUAACAGAUGAGAAGACACUGGUAUCAGCUUGUAAAGUACUGGAGGAUGGGAACAGACUCACUCUAUGGGCUUAUGAUGCUACUGAUACUCCAGCU